UGGUCGGAAGUAUUUACAUGUAGAACUGUCCACCGCUCUAAAAUCCUGUGUAAAUAUGGCGGAGUACGUACAGGUCUUUCGAAGGGCUUUGGGACAGAUAGGAGGUCAUGGAGGUCUUCGUGGGCUACUAGUUCAAUUUUUCAGGGUAAAUGAUGUCAAAACAGGAGCACUGAUUGGUGAGGACAAGUAUGGAAACAAGUAUUUUGAAGACGCACGUUACUUCUUUGGACGACACCGCUGGGUGGUCUACACCACGGAGAUGAAUGGAAAGAACACCAUGUGGGAGGUGGAUGGUAGCAUGGUGCCCUCAGAAUGGCAUCGCUGGCUGCACUGUAUGACUGAUGAUCCCCCCACGACACACCCCCCCGUGCCCAAAAAGUUCUUGGCUGAGAUUCACCAGUUCAAUGUGAGCGGCUCAGCUCAGCAGUAUGUGCCCUACCCCACUACCCGCAAGAAGAUCGAGGAGUGGGUUCCUCCCCAGGCUGGGGCCCAGUGAACUUGGUGACCCCAUCUGACCUUCGACCCCCUGUAAAUUAUGACAGAUUUCUUGUCUGUGUCCUUUUCUCUCAAUAAAGUCUCUAUACAGAUAUAA